AUGACCUUUGGUUUAAGUAUAGGAAAAAUAGACUUGCUGCUGACUUGCCACUUUGGAAAAGUCCUAGCAGCUUUUAAAAAAGAUAAAUUUUCAAAAUCUUUAUUUAAAUCAUUAAGCAAUAACCUUAGUGGUACACAUUCCAUACAAUGGGGAAUCUCUAAUGAAAGUUCCGCUAUAGAUGUACUUAAACAAGAAGAAAAUGUAGAGGUGACUCCAACUGGAUUAUGGCUUUCAAAUAGUGGACUUUUAGGAGCAUUGCCAGAUGGACUAGUAGGCUCUAAUUAUACCGUUGAAGUAAAGUGUCCAUGGAAGUACAGAAACAAAAAUCUUAUUGCUGAAAUUGAUGUAGAUCAUACUUACAUAGUAUACAAAAUUAAUGGGAAUUUGAUUGUAAACAAAAAACAUCCAUACUGGGAUCAAAUCCAAGGCCAGCUUUAUUUAACAAAUCGUGAAUUUUGUUACCUAUUUAUUUGGACCCCUGAACAAGUACUUAUAGCUGUAGUUGAAAAAGACACCAAAUGGGCAAUCAAUUUGGAAAUUCUAGAGCAGUUUUUUAUUCAAAAGUAUAUACCCUACCAUACUGAAGGAUAA